AUGGCGGCCGAGGCGUCCGUGGCCCAGCGCGUCCUCUCUUCCUACCGGCAGAUGCGAAGGCUGGGUCGACCCUGCGGAAGCGCGGAGACCCAGUGCGCUCGAUGUGGAAGAAGCGUGGCGGGAGUUUCAGGUCACCACCAUGAACUUCAGUGUGGACAUGCUUUUUGUGAAUUGUGCUUGUUAAUAACUGAAGAAUAUAGCACAAUUAUGUGCCCUGAUUGUGAGGUUGCUACAACUAUAAAUAUGAGACAAGGCUACUAUACAGUAGAUGGAUGUAUUAAAGAAGAUUCUUUUAUGGAGAAAUUGCAAACUAAAAAGAUAAAGAAUUGUUCUCGAGACUUUAAAAAGACUGCUGAUCAGCUAACUGUUAGUUUAGAACAUUCGGUCUCCACAUGCAAGAGUAUUUUGAACCUAUCAACUGCAAUGAUGGAGACCAAAACUGCAGAAGAAAUAGAUGAAGCAUUGAAGGUAGCAGACUAUAAUAUUGAACAAUUAAAUACAGCUGUAAAAAUGCUUGAACACAUACACAUUAAAGCAAAAGAAGAGAUGGUCAGUAUGAUAGAGGUUCUGGAGAAACAAUUUGAUCAACUUUUUACUUCUCUUGAUUCCAGGAAAAAGAAACUGUGUGAAGAAUUAGUAAGAAAUACAGAUGAUUACUUAUCAACUGUAAUGAUGGCCAGAAGCUAUAUUGAAGAGAAAAAAAAUGACUUGGAUGCAGCUAUGAAGAUAGCAAAAGAGUUGAAAUCAGCACCAUCUCUAAGGACAUACUGUGAUGUAAAUCAGAUUAUCCGAACUUUGAAGUUUACAUUUGAGAAUGAAUUGUCACAAGUUUGCUCUCUCAAGCAAAGAAGCUCUCCCAGGUUAAAUAUGAAUUGCAGUGAGAUGAUAUAUGUGCUCAACAAUAUGGGAAAGAUUGAAUUUGAAGGCUCAACAAAAUGUGAUCCACAAGAAAGGGAAAUUGAACAAAAUGUUCAAAACAAAUGUAAUAGUAAAAAGGAAUUUUCUUCUCGUGAUACAUACUCAUCACUACAAAAAAAAAAGGUUGACCUGUCUAUCCUAACUAAGGAAACCGCACCAUCUCCUUUGCAAAGAGAAAGCAAUGAUGCACAUUUAGAGGUCAAAAUAUUUCAGCCACAUAAAGAAUUGGUUUCAGCUACAGCUCCUAAAAUUAUUGCUGCUCUACCUCAGAUGGGCUCCAGUCCUGAUGUGAUAAUUGAAGAAAUUAUUGAAGAAAACCUGGAAAGUUCUCCUGAGCUAGUUUUUGUAAGCCAUGUUAUACAUCCUUGCCACUUCUACAUUCGGAAGUAUUCACAAAUAAAUGAUGUAACAGUAUUGGAAAAGAAGAUAAAUCAGUUUUGCAAUAAGAGCCUACCUCUUGAUCAUUCUGACAUUUUGGAGCUAGGUGCAAGAAUAUUUGUCAAAAGUAUUGAAAAUAAAAUGUGGUGUAGAGGAAUUAUCACUGAAUUAAUUCCAAUAGAAAGUGAAGAUACUAGAAAACUUAGUAGUCCAACCAGAUUCUCAGUUUGUGAAGUCGCACUAAUACAAAUAUUCAUGGUAGAUUUUGGAAACUCUGAAGUCCUAAAUGUUACAAGAGUUGGUGAUUCCUAUGUGAGAUCAGAACACAUUGCUAAGAAGCAUAUAGUGUUAAAUGACUUAUGUCUGAUUCUAAGGAAGUCUGAAUCUUAUUUUGAAAGUCUGUUGAAAGACAUUAAGCCAUUAGCACAGCCAUGCGCAUUGAAAGACAUUGUUCCACAGAAUUCAAAUGAAGGCUGGGGAGAAGAAGCUAAAGUAGAAUUUUUGAAAAUGGUAAAUAAGAAGGCUGUUUUAAUGAAAGUUUUUAGGGAAGAAGAUGGAGUGCUUAUUGUAGAUCUGCAGAAACCACCAACAAACAAAAUAAGCAGUGAUAUGCCUGUGUCUCUCAGAGAUGCAUUAGUUUUUAUGGAGCUAGCAAGGUUUCGGUCACAAUCACCAAGAGGUUACUCUGAAAAAAACAUGACAUUAUGCUAUCAUCCACCUAUUUUGCCUAAGGAAAUGAAAGCUGUUUCAGUUAUGGUUUGUCACAUAAAUAGUCCUACUGAUUUCUACCUUCAGUUGAUGGAAAGCCUGGAUUUUUUAUGUUUAUUGAAGACAAUUGAGGAAUUCUAUAAAAGUGAGGAUGGGGAAAAUCUGGAAAUCCUCUGUCCAGUUCAAGAUCAAGCCUGUGUAGCUAAAUUUGAAGAUGGAGUUUGGUAUCGAGCAAAAGUUAUCGGAUUUCCUGGACAUCGUGAAGUUGAAGUUAAGUAUGUAGACUUCGGUAAUACUGCAAAAAUAACUCUUAAAGAAAUGCGUAAAAUCAAGGAUGAGUUUCUGAAGCCCCCAGAGAAGGCAAUUAAAUGUAAGCUGGCCUAUAUUGAACCAUGUAAACGGACCAAACAGUGGCCCCAAAAAGCUAAAGAAAAAUUUGAAGAAAAGACUCAAGAUAAAUUUAUGACCUGCUCAGUCAUUAAAAUUACAGAAGAUAAUGUGCUCGUAGUAGAACUUUUUGAUUCUCCUGGUGUUCCUGAGAUGACUCCUACUAGUAUUAAUGACCAGCUAGUCAAAGAAGGCCUAGCAUCUUAUGAAGUAGGAUAUACCCCAAAAAAUAAUUCCAAAAAGGAUAUUGAAGUAUGGGAUCCUUCUCCAGAAGAAAUUAUUUCUAAUGAAGUAAACAACUUAAAUCCUGUGUCUGCAAAAUCUCUCCCUACUGAGAACCUCCAAUCUCUUUAUAAUAAGGAACUGCCUGUGCAUAUUUGCAAUGUAAUAUCUCCAGAGAAGAUUUAUGUUCAGUGGUUAUUAACAGAAAAUUUACUUCAUAGUUUAGAAGAAAAGAUGGUAGCUGCUUAUGAAAACUCAAAAUGGGAACCCAUCAAGUGGGAAAAUGAUAUGCAUUGUGCUGUUAAAGUUCCAGAUAAAAAUCAGUGGCGAAGAGGUCAGAUCAUCAGAAUGAUUACAGACACAUUGGUAGAGGUCUUGCUCUAUGAUGUGGGUGUUGAGCUAAUAGUGAAUACUAACGACUUAAGACAACUUCAAGAAAACCUAAAAGCAAUGGGAAGAUUAUCCUUGGAAUGCUCUCUUGUUGAUAUAAGACCAACUGGUGGGAGUGACAAGUGGACAGCGACAGCUUGUGACUGUCUUUCAUUGUACUUAACUGGAGCUGUAGCAACUAUAAUCUUACAGGAAAACAACACAACGUGGCCGUUACCUGUAAAAAUUUUCUGCAGAGAUGAAAAAGGAGAGCGUGUUGAUGUUUCUAAGUAUUUGAUUAAGAAAGGUUUGGCUUUGAGAGAAACAAGAACUAAGUUAGAAAAAAGCUCUCUAUUAUCUGAGAAGUCUCUGCAGAUCCUUCAUGGGCAAGAAGUUUCAAUGAUCACUAAGGAAAUUAAAAUUAAUUUUGACUCUGAUAAAAAAGAUAGUGCUAAUAUCAGUGAACACAAGGUGUCUGAAGUUAAGGAGAAAAUCCUAGAACCAAGAACCAUUGGAUGCUAUAAACCACCAACUAUUCCUAAUGUGAAAGUAUUUGAAGCAAUAGUAAGCUGCAUAGAUGAUGAUGGAACUAUAUUUGUAGUACCGAAAUUGUCAGAAUUUGAACUAAUAAAAAUGAUGAAUGAAAUUCAGAAUAAUUUGAAAUGCCUUGGUCUUUUGGAGCCAUAUUUCUGGAAGAAGGGAGAAGCCUGUGCAGUAAGAGGAUCAGAUACCAUGUGGUAUCGGGGCAAGGUCAUGGAAAUUGUUGGAGGCACCAUCAGGGUACAAUAUUUAGACCACGGAUUCACUGAGAAGAUUCCACAGUGUCAUCUGUACCCUAUUUUGCUAUAUCCUGAUACACCCCAGUUUUGUAUUCCUUGUCAGCUCUAUAAUACUGCACCUGUUGGAAAUAUCUGGCAACCAGAUGCUGUAGAACUCCUGCGGGAACUGCUUUCAAAGAGAGAAGUGGAAAUUCAUGCCAUGGAAUUACCUGAAAACCCCUGGGGAAAAUUAUCUGUUCAUAUCUAUUUUGAUGGAAUGUCACUUUCUUAUUUUAUGGCACACCAUAAACAUUGCAUUUUUGAACACCCUGAGGAAAUAUCAGAAGAAAAACCAAUGAAUUACAAUAAAAAGUAUGAAGAGGAAAGAUGGGAAAUCAAGUUUGAGGAAUUGCUUUUGUCUGAAACAGAAACUCCUAUUUUACCACCAUAUUUAUCUUCAUCUCUGCCUCCCCCAGGAGAACUCUAUGCUGUUCAAGUUAAGCAUGUAAUCUCACCUAAUGAAGUGUAUAUUUGCCUUGAUUCUGUUGAAAACAGUGAUCUGUUUAAUAAGCAUAGUAACUCAGAUGGCAAUGGAAUAACCUGGGAAUCUGGGUCUGAGAACCUUGAGGAAGCACUACGGAGAUUUAAUAAGAAGGUGGAGACAUUUCCUCCUCUGACAGAUUUUAGAACAGAAAUGCCUUGCCUUGCAGAAUAUGAUGAUGGUUUAUGGUAUAGAGCAAAGAUAAUUUCCAUUAAAGAAUUUAAUCCUCUAACUAUCCUGGUACAAUUUGUUGACUACGGAACAACUGGAAAGCUGACAAUAAACAGAUUACGUCAAAUUCCUCUUCGUCUUAUGCAGUAUCCAACCCGAGCCAUAAAGGUUUUCUUGGCAGGGUUUAAACCACCCAUAAGAGAUUCAGGAAAGACAAGAAUACCAUAUUGUCCUAAAUGGAGCAUGGAAGCAUUGUGGGCCAUGAUAGACUGUAUUCAAGGAAAACACCUUUAUGCUUCUUCAAUGACUCAUGCUCCAGAACUAACAGUCACACUGUAUGAAGAUGAACAUUAUCCAGUUCAUAUGUCAUUAGUAGAAAUGGGACUUGCAGACAAAGAUGAAUGA